UAAAAAACUUGUAAAAUGUUGCCGACUGAUAGAAGGAAUAUAAGGCAACACGCACGUCAGAAUCCGAAUCCGAAUCAAAUUACGAAUCAGACAGCGCGUCGAGCGGUUCUCAGACUCAAAGCUGGAAGACUCAACAACAACAGUAACAACAACAACAACAACAACAACAAGAUGAGCAAAGCAGAUCCGAUAUCGCUCAGCUUCCAUGACUCCUGUCUACGCAUGUCCGACGUCCAGCUGCUCCAUGGACCCAGAUGGCUAAAUGAUCAGAUCUUGAGCUUCUAUUAUGAGUAUCUGUCGCAUGCCAAGUACAAGAACAACAACGAUGUGUACUUCAUAGCGCCCGAGGUGACGCAGUGCAUGAAGUAUAUGGACGAAUCCGAACUGAAGAUGAUCUUUGGGGAGCAUAAUGCUGUGAGCAAACCAUUCAUAUUCUUUGCCCUCAAUGACAAUGGCACAACCGAGGCGGGAGGCACCCACUGGUCACUCCUUGUACUCUCCAGGCCGGAGAAGACGUUCUAUCACUUUGACUCUUAUGGCAACAACAACACGGAGGUUGCCAUGGAACUCAUGAAUAGGGUCAAGGAACUGCUCGGAGUGCGACAGGCCAAGUUCCGUCCAAUGAGAUGCCUGCAGCAGGCCAAUGGCUACGACUGUGGCAUCCACGUCAUCUGCAUGACCGAUCACAUAGCUGACUAUAUCAAUCGCUACGAGGUCAUCGAGGGACUGCCUCCACUGCACACGGACACGGUCAAGGCGAAGCGGUCAGAGCUCCUUAAGCUGAUCCUCUCCCUGGGCGGCAAGGAUUAGUCACUACGAAUCUCUUAUUCAUUGAUAGAAGUGUGUAUCACAAGAUUUACUCGUUUAACCCUAAAAACAAAUGUAAUUACGAACGUUGAUCGAUGGGAAAACGAUAUUAAUAUUGAUAAAUGUUAAUUGUUUAAUUUAUUGUUUACUUGCUCUCAGUGCUAGGCACUAUAAAAGAGAGACAAGUAAGCGGAGCAUAUUUAAAAAGAGUGCGACAAGUAAUUUAAGUUGGAUUUCAAAUAAAUUUAUAUUUGUUUAACCAAGCAAAAGCAA